AUCAAGAGUACAUUGUAGUCUUGAUGAUAUCGAUUGGCUGUAUUUUCUGUUUCUUGGAGAAGGAAAUAAUUGACAUACUGCAGCUGUACAGUUCUGAGUUGUUCUCGGUGGGAAAGUGAAUUACUGAUUAGAAGUGUGCUUCGUUUUUGCUGUUCCCGGGCAUAGUUUUUCUGCAUCUUGCUUGGCUCUGCUUUUCAGAAUCGAUUGAAACCGAGAUUUAACUUCAAUUGAGACCACUUUUACUCUGCUAUUGCAUAUGUGCCUUCUAACAAUGUAACCAAGCAUCGCUACAGUUCUGGUGUGGAGCAUGUCUCAACUAAAAAUUGGGCAGUAUGUGCUGGGUACCACUCUUGGCAAGGGAUCUUUCGGUAAAGUGAAACUGGGUAAGCACCAACUCACUGGCCAUGAAGUCGCUGUUAAAAUCAUCAACCGCAAGAAGAUGCGGAGCGUGGACGCGUCCGGUAAAGUACGUCGUGAGAUCCAAUACCUGAAGCUAUUCAACCAUCCGCACAUCAUCAAACUGUAUCAGGUAAUCCCCACGCCAGCUGACAUCUUCAUGGUCAUGGAGUACGUAUCCGGUGGUGAAUUGUUUGACUAUAUCAUCAAGCAUGGCAAACUGGAAGAAAGUGAAGCGAGGCGUUUCUUUCAGCAGAUCAUCUCCGGCGUGGACUACUGCCAUCGUCAUUUCAUUGUUCAUCGGGAUCUCAAGCCAGAGAAUCUACUGGUCGACGGCCAUGGGAAUGUCAAGAUCGCUGACUUCGGCUUGUCCAAUAUGAUGAUGGAUGGCGAGUUCUUGCAUACCAGUUGCGGCUCACCAAACUAUGCCGCUCCGGAGGUGAUCUCUGCCAAGCUUUAUGCUGGCCCGGAAGUUGACAUUUGGAGUUGCGGUGUUAUUUUGUACGCACUACUAAAUGGAACGCUGCCUUUUGAUGACGAAAACAUGGGGAUGCUGUUCAAGAAAAUUCGAAGUGGCCAGUUUACCAUUCCUGUAGACAUGCCACCGGAAUCAGCUGACCUAGUCAAGAAGAUGCUGGUUGUUGACUCUCUGAAUCGAGCAACUAUGCAAGAUGUCAAGAGUCACGAGUGGUUUCUAGUUGGCCUGCCUGAUUACUUAUUUCCCUCUGUGUUUGCCAAUGAAUCGACAUCUGUGCAAGAUGAUGUUGUGGAGGAAAUAGCCAGUCGUUUCAAGGUUGAUCGCCAGGCUGUCCUGAAUGCUCUGCAAGGCCAGAACGACAAUGAUGACCUGCAAUUGAGAAUAGCCUAUCAGCUGGUCGUGGACAAUCGACAAGUGCACGUCACCAGAGAAACCCCUCCGGCCCUUAGCUCAUCACUGCAGACUACGGCUGGUGCUUGGGGUUUGCUUGCUACAUCUCCACUCCGCGCUCUACCAAACGUGUCUAAUAUACCUUCUGGUCAAGGUCCACAGUUCUUCCAGCCAUCUCACUAUGCACACAUGGACACUGGCAAGAAACCACGUUGGCAUCUUGGCAUCCGGUGCAGUUCUCAGUGUGCUCCGUCGUCUAUCAUGAGAGAGAUCUACCAGUCCCUGCUGCGGCUUGGAUUUGAGUGGAAAACUGUGAGUGCUUUCACUGUGAUCUGCCGCAAGUUCAACAGCAUUAGGAACCGAUACGCAAAGAUGACGUUGCAGUUGUACAAAGUUGACAAUGCCUACCUGGUGGACUUCAAGAGUGUGACAAGUGUUCCCGCGCCGUCGCAUUCCAACUCUAGUGCCGCUGCUGAAGGUGCGCAGGGCACUGCGGCACUGGCCAGUCUGCCGUCGGUAGUGUCGGCGCGUAUAUCUACACCGCCGCUAGGCGUCCGCACAUCUCCUUCGGCCCUCUCCGAGCCCCUGGCCGUCUCGGGAGCGACGGCCACGCGCCGCAGAAGCGCAAGUGCUGUGAGCAGUGGCAGCGUUGGCAAUACAUCGACAGCUGCUGUUCCUGCAUCGCCAGUAGUGUGCGGUCUUCACUCGGCCAGUCUGCAAGCCAUGCGGCCAGCACAGCGACUCAGCCAAUCCGCCGCCGAGGAGCAGAACAAUAGCAUGGAGUUCUUUGAGAUGUGCGCGCUGCUCGUUUCCGCGCUGGUCGUGCGCUGACAUGUCCAGCUGUACGCGGUCGUGCAGCUGUGCUGUGCAAUGCUGUCAGAAGUUCUGCCCAGGCGCAGUAGAGUGGGAACCUGACGAUGGUGCCGCUGGUAUGUCGUUGAAGCACCUGACUCGCCAAUGCUUUGUCAUAAUUCAACGCAUUUUAACAUCCAGUGACUAGAGCAUAGUAGCCAGCGUUUCCUUAUUUAUGUAAGGAUCACAAAAAUUCGUAAUUCAUAUCCAUACUCAGUAUUCUAAUUUUUGUGCACAAAUAUCCGUGGACACCAACCUCUUUUUGAGCUUAUUUUGAGAAGCUGCUCCGUCUUAGCUCCAGCUGCCGUCUUCUGUAUUGUUGCGCUAUUGCAUCUCUACAUGUACGUUGCAGUGCGAUAUUGCAUCUCUGCUUCUAACCACAUGGACGUGGGACACCGCUACUCGAACUAGGUCAUGUUUUUUUAAUACUCAGCAAUUUUAUAAUUUGAUCCUCGAACCCACCUCUCUAGUACUCCCUACAAUUGUGUUCCAGUGUUUUACGUUUGUAUGCAGCCCUCAUGCAGCCAAUUCCUUCCGUCACAGAGCAACAUGACUUGAUGAUGGUUUUUAUUCUGUUCAUUUUUAUGCUUGACAUACACUGUAUGUGUAUUCUCACUACCAAACACCUAUUGCAGAUUUCUCUCCUCUACUGUACCACCACGGAUUUUCUAUGCUUGAAAUGGAGUUUUUAUGCUUGAAAUCUGCUGUUGUUUGCUCAGAAUCUUUGCCGUGUACAGCAUUUGACUGGUCACCGGAGUGCUGUAUACGGUUGUAGCUUUAAACCGUGCCUUUAGAAUAUGCAUUCUGUGUAUACGAAUGGCAUGCAUUAUGCUGAAUCUAGUUGAUGCUUUGUUGAUAUUGGCCAGCUUGGCCGGUUUUUAUCUUCUUUAGCUGCUCUGCACCAUCCUGAAUGAUGUGGUGUGUGUGAAAGUUCAUAUCUCGCGAGCUUAAUUCUCAUGCCCUCGUCGCUGA